AUGAAUCCCACGGAAGCUGAAACUAUUGCUGAUUUGGUUCAGAAUAUGAUUAUUUCUUUAUGUGGUGAACAAAAACCAGAAUCAAUCAGAAGAUUUAUGCGUUUUUCCCUUGGCUUACUGUCAUCUACUCAAGGUAUAGAAACACUGAGAGAAGAUGAAGUAACUGUAGCAACAUAUAUAAAGAGUAAAUUAUCACCACAAGAUGCAAUACAGUUUGAUAAACUGCAUAAUGAUUUAAAAGAUGGGCCCUUGAAGAAUCGUAUAAGCAUUCUAAUAUUUCUGUUGAACAUGGGUCAAUCGGUGGAACAAAUAAAGGACAGGAUCUUUUCAUUUCCAGAUAUGAAAUCAGAAUUAAGCCCAAUUGCAUCAACUAGUGGACAAUUGUCACAAACAUCAUGUUCUCCAGCGCAAAUUAUAUCAUUAAAUACUACAGAAACAAGUUCAAAAGGAUUAUUAAUAAAUCCAAAUAAAAUAUUCAAUGAGGAGUCCAUUUCAGAAGAUGUAUUAGUUCAAGACUUGAUAUAUUCUUUUCAAAGUGUUGAAGGAAAAUUUUUAAAAUUAGACUCCAGUUAUGGAUUUCAGAUAGACCCUGUAGCAAAAAUUAAUAGAUCACAAAAACAAGCUGUUUUAAGACUAAGUGAACUGGGAUAUUUACAUAGUGUAGUGCGAAAAGGGUUAAAGAGAAUGUCUGUAACUGGUGCAGGUAGAGUCACCGAUAGCUUUGUUGCUGCAUUACAUAAGGAAUUGUCAGAAUAUUACAGAUUCAUAGCCAUAAUGCAAGAAGAAGUGAAUAGGUCUCAACAUCAAAUGGUUACAUAUAAAGUUACAUUAUCCCAUUUACAUCUUUGGGCAUACGAGCCUUUGGAAACUCUGAAAUGGUUAGCAAGUAUAGUAAGAGCUUGUCAAGGUCAAAAAGGUGGUGCAUUAGCAUCAACUGUUUAUGAAUUUAGUUAUCAUGGAGAUGCUAUUGUGAAGAAUUUAGUCAAAAGAAUUUUGGAAAGUAUUUGCAAUCCUUUAUACAGCAUGUUAAAGAGAUGGAUCGCUGAUGGAGAGUUAGACGAUCCAUAUAAGGAGUUUUUCAUUCAAGCGUGCAAUGAUGUUAGUGGAGAUAGAAUGUGGCAUGAGAAAUAUCAAGUGAGAAAUUCAAUGGUGCCAUCUUUUCUUAGUAAAGCACAAGCGAAGAAGAUUCUGGGAACAGGAAAAAGUAUUAAUUUCUUACGUGAAGUUUGUAAAGAUUUUUCACCAUGGCAAGAUAGACAUGCAGAUAUGUUUAGGAAUACUGAUGAGGAAUAUAAUGUUGAAGUCUUUUUUGAUAUGGAUCCAGAUGGUCGUUUGCAAACUAUGAUGGAUGCUGCUUACAAAGAAACUUCAACAAGAGUUGUUGAAAUAUUGACAAAACAAUAUCAUCUUAUGGAUCAUUUACAGGGAAUUAAGGGAUAUCUUUUGCUUGGUCAAGGCCAUUUUAUUCAACAUCUUAUGCACUUAUUAGAGCCUGAAUUGACUAAACCAUCAAGUUCUUUAUAUGGUCAUAAUGUAGCAUCUAUACUUGAAAUUGCAAUAAGGGCAACUAGUACAAAGUUAAAUGAUUUACAUGUGCAAAAACGUUUAGACUUCAGAUUAUUAGCACCUUCAGAAAAUGAAAUAGGAUGGGACGUUUUUAUUUUAGAUUAUAAUGUUGAUGGACCUAUAGGAACGAUUUUGGAACCAUGCAGACAAACAUAUCAAAUGGUCUUCUUUGCCUUGUGGAAGGCCAAGAGAAUGGAGUCAAUUUUAUCUGCUAUUUGGAAGCAACAGACAACAUCAGCAAAAAUGUUUAGAAAAAUGCCGGAAGUAUUACCUAUCCAGAAUCAUAUACAUUUAAUUACCAGUAGCAUGGUCCAUUUAGUUCAUCAAAUGCAAUAUUAUUUUUUAUUUGAGGUAAUCGAAUGUUCUUGGGAUACAUUUGCGAAGCAACUUCUUCAGGCGUCAUCCCUUGAUGAUAUAAUUGCAGCUCAUAGUCAUUUUGUUGAGUCUGUAAGACAUGGUACAUUGUUAGAUGAAAAAUCGCAAGAACUUAUGGAUCAUUUACGUUCAGUUUACAGUCCAAUACUAGAUCUUCAGAAUCUUGAGGAAACUUUUCUUGCUCGUGCUACUCAGGAAUAUGAGGCAAGAUUAAAUGAUAAUAAUUUUGAAUAUGAAACAAAAAAAUGGAAUCGUACAAAUAAAAAAGAUCAAGAAAUUGAAGAAAGAGAGAAAGCAUUUGCAAAAUAUCUGAAUACACUUUCAAUACAAUUGAGACUACUUUCGAGAACCUAUCAGGAUCGUGUGAAAAAAUUUUUAUUAAUGCUUGCUUCAGCUGAAGACGUGUCUUUGCAAUUACUUAGUGUACGAUUAGAUUUUAAUGAAUACUACAAAAGUAAAGAUAGCCGACUAGUUGUGCCAUUGACAUAUCAACAUCGCAGACAAAGUGAUCAAACAUUUUUUGGAUGCAAGUGACAAUUGGAGGUAGAAAAUUUAUUAGAAACCUUCAAUGAUUCAAACCAUCUUUCAAAUGAAUGCUGUAUCUCAACUGAACGGAAUUCAUUUAACGUUAAUAUCAAAGAUAUAAACCACACUCAUCCAAAAUGAUAACAGAUGUCAAUGACGUUUUGCACAAAAAAAGUUAU